AUGCAGGCAAUAUCAGAACCUUUAUCUGCAAGCUCGCCGCCGUUCAUUCUCAAUUCAGAUAUGUCGGGAGCGGAGUCUGAUCCCGAUUUUGAAUUCCUCGACAAUUCCCAUUUGCCAUUUGAGGCAACAUAUAGUCCAAACAAUCUCUUCGAGGAAUUCUCACACGAAUCACCCCCAUACUACUCAGCAUAUGCAACACCGAGUGUUGCCGGCCACAAAAGUCCCGAGCAGCCUUCCUUCAUUAACACGGCUGUACUGGAGGCGCCCUUAUCAGCCCCAUCGACAGCCUCGCCGGCCGGAUCAUCCCAGAGCUCUACCUCCGAUUCGAUGGAAUAUAAUAGAAAAUCUAGUUCCGAUUCGUCCGGAUCUGCUCUGCACUCAGGGACCGCAAUGAUAGGUGACGAUAUAGAUAUGGGGGACUGGAAAGGCGACGAUGUGAUCAAAGGGGAGAGUAUGUCGAGUUAUGGUGACUACGCUGGAAAUGGAACCAUUAACCCUUCAGCAAUGGUUAAUAAUUUUGGGUUCAAUGACAAGACCAUGGAGAAUGAUUUUGACUUUGACAGUGCGUCGAGUAGUCCAAGUCCUUUUGCUACAACAAUGGAUAUAGGAUCACCAGAAAUGCCGAUUAUAAAACACGACACCCCUCGGAAGAUAAUAUCACCAAUGGGUAGGAAGAAAUUCAGGAAUCAUAACAAAUCAAACUCUCAACAUUCGGUAGCUCACUCUACAAACGGAUACCAUAUCGGUUCGAGGGAAACGUCACCCUUGUCUGUAGCGUCGACAAGUCAGGUGUCGUCCCCUGCACAUCAUAUGUUCACUAACUCACCCUCUCCCAAUGUUGGGCUUGAAUAUAUGCCUGGGACGAUGCCUAACGCGGCUCAUGGCCUUCCACCAUGGACAAAUAGCAUAGAAAUGCCUCCCAAUAUAAUGAGAGCCCAAGCGCACUUUAAUCCCCUAUCAUUUCAAAACACACCCCAAGUCAGGAGCCGCCAGAUUCCGGGCGCGCCAUAUACGAAGCCGAUCUUGACAAUACACCCCACACCAUUGAAAUCACGAGUUGAGACUCAAAUUCCCAUCAAAAUGACACUUUUUCCUGUCCCUCAAGGUGUUACAAAGCUUCACUUGCCAACUCAAACGAUCUCCAAACCUAAACUUCUCGUUAAACCUCCACCGGAACGCUCGCCGGACACUUUGGAGCUCUAUACGAUGUUGGUCUGUUCUAGUGCAAUGGAGAACCCGGACAUCCUUCGAAAAGCUUUAGAAAGAGCAGCAGCACCUGAAGUCUCACCAUGUCAGUCUUCGGACAGUGGAUCCGAUGAAGAGGAUGACAGAAAACCACUCAACGGAGGCGAGGUGCUGAUAUGUAGCGGUUGCAUUACGCGUGAGAGAAAACGAGCCGCCAGAAAGAAGGUAAAGAAGGUUGAAGAAGAAGAAUCAUGGCACAAAGACGAGGCUAAGCGAGUCAUCGUUUUCAACACUCAUGAAGUCAAGGAUUGGCAAUCACCAACAAGCCAACCCCCCUCGGAAGCUACUGGGGACAGGCCUGAACCUAUGGUACCUGAUGGUGCCCUGCAAGUUGAUGCUCCCAUGCGAAUCGCAUGUUAUUGUAGACACCAAAAUGAAAAGAUCGGGUUUCGGGUAAUCUUUACUAUCAAGGACUAUCAAGAUCGCCUGAUUGCACAAGCAAUCACCUCUUCGAUCAUGAUUACAGAUGAUCAUAAGACGCAUAACUUAUUACCAAUUUCUGGACAGACAUCUGGUGCGCCCGACGGACAGAUGUAUCCGGGUUCGACUUCAUAUUCGAAUGAAAGAAGCUACGAUAUGACAUCUGGUGCCGUUUCUGGUAUGCCCCCUUUCCGUGUAUCGCCAUCCGCCUCGGAUCUUCAAAGCCUAUCACAAAACUUCAUGCCGUAUCCACAGCCAAUGAGUUACCCACCACCCAACCCGCCUCAAGCAAUUUCUACCACAAUGGCACCCCGGCAUCCAUCGCCACAAGCAUCACCCUCGACUCCAUCCGGCCCUCCACUGUCUAAGAAACGCAAAGCCAGUGCCUCUGGUAAAGUUCCCACUGGUCUAGCAAUGACCAAAUUAGAGACGGGGCAAUCGGCAAUGAGCAAUGGCCCUUUUAUUCCGGUCAGCGCCACCACUUCAGCUAUACCCUCACCAUUUACACCAAACCUUCCAAAUUUCUCAUCCAAUGAGCAGCCUUUUUGCCCACCUGCUCCGAUGCAAAAUAUCCCAACACAUUUCAACACAGGUCCUCCUACUCCGAAUGGUAAUGAUCAGAUAUUUAUUCCCCAUGGCCAUCGACCUCAACCAACAGAAAAUUUGGCCAUGCAUCAGCUCUUCUCAGCACCCCCUUCAGCGCAUCCUAGUCGUGCCCCCAGUCCGAAUGGUAUGCGCAAUAACGUUCAGAUUUAUCAGCCGCAACAGCAACAAGCUCAUAUGCCACAAGCUGUUGUCAAUGGAAUGUACGGCAUGCCUCUGACUUUGAGUCCACAGCGGCCACCUGUCAUUCAUAAACUGAUACCAAACGAAGGACCGAAGGCUGGUGGAAUAGAAGUAACCUGUUUGGGUAGUGGGUUUUGCCAAGGAUUGGAAGUCAUGUUCGGUGAUGCUAAAGCAACAACAACAACAUUCUGGGGCGAGACCUCUCUUGUGUGUCUUUUGCCGCCCUCUGCCAUCGCGGGAACCGUGCCUGUCACGUUCAAACACCAGCAUCAACAGAGACAGCAAUACCCAACACCACCAAUGCCAAAGCAAACUGCAUUUUUCAAAUAUGUAGAUGAUGACGAACAGCAGAUCAUUAGAACAGCGUUGGCUGUAUUAGGUCACAAGAUGACUGGCAAGAUGGAAGAUGUGCGGGAUCUUGCAAGAAGAAUUGUGGAUGGUCCUUGGGGAGCACCAUCAGGCCAAUCUCCGCCUAGCGGAGGUGGAUCUUCUCAGCACGGUGGUGGAUUCAAUGCGGCAAGCUUUGGUGUCGAUGUUGAAGCAACGCUAUUGAGAUGUCUAGAUCUUAUUGAUCUUGAUGACAGCCCGACCAAGCCGCGUUUCAACCUGCGCAGAACUUCUGGGCAAACAAUGCUUCAUCUUGCUUGUUCUUUGGGACUGCAUCGCUUCGUUGCCGCUUUGUUGGCACGAAACGUGAACUGUGAACCACGAGAUAAAGGUGGAUUUACUCCUAUGCAUUUUGCUGCUCUUCACAACCAUCCGCAAAUCGUUCGACGCCUCAUUCUUAGUGGUGCCGAUCCGUUGAUCAGAAGUCUCCAAGGUUAUGCUCCCGCAGAUAUGACAUCUUCUGAGGAAGUUCAUCGUGCCGUUCGCAGAGUUGAACAUCAUUCAAGAACACGAAGUGGGUCUUCACUGAAGAGCAGAACAAGCAGCGCGACAUCAUUAAGAUCAUUAUGGCAACCACCAACUGCAGAGAUACCUAAUGAAAGUGGCAUCAGUGAUAGCGACGAUGAGGAUGACAACGAAUACGAGGACGAGGAUGCUGAUAUUGAUACUGUUGAUGGACCAUUCCUGAUGCGAAGCAGGCAGUCUAGGGGAUCAACUUCAAAGAUCCUGAAUGAGACUAUCGAGAUAACUAAACCUCCUAUCUUGGAACUUCCCGAAGUCGAAGCAGACGAAGCAAUGGCCUCCCCAACAAUGGCCAUGACUGCAUUCAGAGAUCAGAUGUUCGCACAAUUUACUCAAUUCACUGCUCAGAUGCAGCACCUUCAGCAAACCUUCCACAAUAACAUGCAUCUUGGUCUUCCAAACCUGCCCCAGAUGCCUCAGAUGCCACAAAUGCCUACACUCGCAAACCUUCCAGAUUAUCAAGCUUAUCUACCAAGUCCCAUGGCCCGUCGUAUCGGCAGCCGUCCAGAAAGCCCCAAUCGUCAAGAUGGUGGCAAGGAACAAGGCAACAAAUGGUGGGAUCUUUUCUCUGGUAAUGCAGCUGCAGCACCACCUGCCUAUGAAGAUAUAUUCCCACAAAACGAUAUGGACGUGAAACGAGCUUCUGCAGAACAAGCAGUCGCAGAUACCAUUGCUGACAGCAAAUGUACUCAAAUCUUUGAUCAAAUAGAAAUGCAAGUUGGAACAACCACAUCUGUAGCACGUGCAGAAAGUUCAACAACUGCUAUGCAAAGAAAGCCGAUGCCUAUGGGAACCCUUAGAAUUGGCGGGAAGGAGAUAGUCACCGUGGAGCAACAGAACCAGAUACAAUUAUUACGCCAGGAGAAAUUGAAGAGGGUCAGGAGUGAUAGGAAGCUAUUCCUUAUCUGGAUUCCUCUCCUUCUCAUAAUGAUGCUCGCCACAUUUCACACUCGCAUCGCUACCGUUUGGUCCCAUGCAUCUUAUAUUUUCACUUCUCUUACAAAUCGAAACGAAGAUCACGGACGUGUUAUGGAAGUUUUAUAA